CACAUGUCAUUGCCUUUGCUCUCGUCUUUAAACAUGUCUGUGUGUGUCAAGCGGUUGUUAAGAUUCUGGAAUAUUUACAUCAGUUCAUUUACGUUGGUCAAAGAAUGGAAACACUCAAGUAUACACGGGAAUUUUCUAGGAUUGGUGGAGGGAAACUUGAUUUUAGUUCGUCUUGCACACAAAGAAUCAUCAUAGAUGUUACAAAUCUGUUAUUCCUAGGUGUCUUCUAUCUGUCUUUGCUUGUAGGUUCCAUCACGAAAAGCUAUCAAGUUAGUGGCAGCAAUAGAAGGGACUGGAUUUCUGUGUUUGUUUCAUCCCUCUGUUUUAUUAUUAGCAUUGCCUACACUAGUGUUGGAUUGUGGGAUCUAAUAGCUGGAAAGGAUAGAUUUGAUGGUUUUAUCUGGUUGGUUUACCUUGCUAGAGCACUAGUCUGGGUUUCGUUGGCAGUUUCAUUGCUUGUUAGAAAAUCCAAAUGGACCAGAAUUGUUGUUAGAAUCUGGUGGGUGUCUUUCUCUUUGCUGGUUUCAGCUCUAAACAUUGAAAUUUUGGCUAGAGAACGUAGUAUUCAGGUUCUUGAAGUGUUUCCUUGGGUUGUCAAUUUCUUACUUCUAUUUUCUGCCUUUAGAAACUUGAAUCAUUUUGCUCGUCUACAAACCCCAGACAAGAGUCUGUCAGAACCUCUAUUAGGAGGGAAGGAUGAAAAGAACCGAUCAAAACUAUACAGGGCCAGUUUUCUUAGCAGAUUGACCUUUUCGUGGAUUAGUCCUUUGCUUGGCUUAGGCUACACAAAACCAUUAGAUCGUGAAGACAUCCCUUCUUUAGUACCCGAGGAUGAGGCCAAUGCAGCCUAUCAAAAAUUUGCUUCUGCAUGGGAUUCCCUUGUACGGGAAAAGAGUUCGAACAGCACUAAGAACUUGGUUCUUCAGGCUGUGGCAAAAAUACAUUUCAAAGAAAAUAUUUCUGUAGGUAUAUGUGCUUUUUUAAGGACACUGGCAGUAGUAGCACUUCCUCUUUUGCUCUAUGCCUUUGUAAAUUAUUCAAAUCUUGAUGAGCAGAAUCUGCAUCAAGGUCUUUCAAUAGUUGGAGGUCUAAUUCUUGUGAAGGUAGUCGAGUCACUGUCUCAGAGGCACUGCUUCUUCUAUUCAAGACAAUCAGGCAUGAGAAUGAGAUCAGCCUUAAUGGUGGCGAUAUACAAAAAGCAACUCAAUCUUUCAAGUUCAGGAAGAAGAAGGCACUCGACUGGUGAGAUUGUAAAUUACAUUGCAGUUGAUGCCUAUCGUAUGGGAGAAUUUCCUUGGUGGUUUCAUUCAACAUGGAGUCUGGCAUUGCAACUCUUUCUAUCAAUUGGUGUCCUUUUCUUCGUUGUGGGUCUUGGUGCUCUUACUGGAUUAGUCCCCCUCCUCCUAUGCGGUCUUCUUAAUGUGCCAUUUGCAAGAAUGCUCCAAAAGUGUCAAGCAGAGUUGAUGAUCUCACAGGAUGAACGACUCAGGGCUACUUCUGAAAUCUUGAACAGCAUGAAAAUCAUCAAGUUACAAUCUUGGGAAGAGAAUUUCAAGAAUUUGAUGGAAUCCCACCGAGAUAAGGAAUUCAAAUGGUUGGCAGAAAUGCAGUUUAAGAAGGCUUAUGGUACUCUUAUGUAUUGGAUGUCUCCAACAAUCAUUUCUUCUGUUGUCUUCUUGGGAUGUGCCCUUUUUGGGAGUGCCCCAUUAAAUGCUAGCACCAUCUUCACAGUUCUUGCGACUCUAAGAGGCAUGGGAGAGCCUGUCAGAAUGAUUCCCGAGGCUCUUUCAGUCAUGAUCCAAGUCAAGGUCUCUUUUGAUAGAAUCAAUAACUUUUUACUUGAUGAUGAGCUCAAGGAUGACAAUAUCAAGAAAACUCAGACACUGAAUUCUGAUCGAAGCGUAACAAUUCAAGAAGGUAAAUUCAGCUGGGAUCCUGAAUUAAAUAUGCCAACACUGAGAGAAGUAAACUUGGAUGUAAAAUCAGGGCAGAAAAUUGCAGUUUGUGGGCCAGUUGGGGCUGGGAAAUCAUCACUCCUAUAUGCUAUACUCGGAGAGAUACCUAAACUAUCAGAAACUGUUGAUGUGAGGGGAUCCAUUGCCUAUGUUUCUCAAACUUCUUGGAUCCAAAGUGGAACGGUUCGUGACAACAUACUCUAUGGAAAGCCAAUGGACCAAGCAAAAUAUGAGAAAGCUAUAAAAUUUUGUGCUUUAGACAAGGAUAUCAAUAGUUUUCGGUAUGGAGACCUCACAGAAAUAGGCCAGAGAGGGCUUAAUAUGAGUGGUGGUCAAAAGCAGAGGAUUCAACUUGCUCGGGCUGUCUACAAUGAUGCUGAUAUUUAUCUCCUUGAUGAUCCUUUUAGUGCAGUAGAUGCACAUACUGCCUCAAUUCUAUUUAAUGACUGUGUCAUGACUGCUUUAGAAAAGAAGACUGUCAUACUAGUGACUCACCAAGUGGAGUUCCUCGCAGCAGUAGACAGAAUUCUUGUCAUGGAAGGUGGAAAAAUUACACAAUCAGGAAGCUACGAAGAGCUCUUGAUGGCAGGAACGGCAUUCGAACAGCUUAUUAAUGCGCAUAAAGAUGCAAUGACAUUAUUGGGUCCUUUAAGCAAUGAAAAUCAAGGGGAAUCUUUGAAGGUAGACAUGGUUCGAUCGGACGAGUCUCAUCUGUCUGGUCCUGCUAAAGAAAACAGUGAAGGGGAAAUUUCGGUAAAAAGUGUGCCAGGAGUACAGCUAACAGAAGAAGAAGAGAAGGAGAUUGGCGAUGCUGGAUGGAAGCCAUUCCUCGAUUAUCUCACUGUCUCAAAGGGAACACCUCUUUUAUGCCUAAGCAUUCUUACUCAAUGUGGCUUUGUUGCUUUUCAGGCAGCUGCAACUUACUGGCUAGCAUUUGCCAUCCAAAUUCCUAACAUUAGUAGUGGCUUCUUGAUUGGAAUUUACACUCUGAUUUCAACACUCAGUGCUGUCUUUGUAUAUGGGAGGUCUUACUCUACUGCCUGUCUGGGGUUAAAAGCUUCUAAAACCUUCUUCUCUGGUUUCACCAACGCAAUUUUUAAAGCUCCCAUGCUCUUCUUCGACUCCACCCCCGUUGGACGGAUUCUGACUCGUGCUUCAUCAGACCUGAGUGUUCUGGAUUUUGACAUUCCUUUUGCCUUCAUCUUUGUGGCGGCUCCUCUGACAGAGCUUCUUGCAACUAUAGGCAUUAUGGCCUCAGUCACAUGGCAAGUUCUGAUAGUAGCCAUCCUUGCUAUGGCAGCUUCAAAAUAUGUUCAGGGAUAUUAUUUAGCUUCUGCAAGGGAACUAAUAAGAAUUAAUGGAACAACAAAGGCUCCAGUUAUGAAUUAUGCAGCAGAGACAUCACUUGGUGUUGUCACAAUAAGAGCUUUUAAGAUGGUGGACAGGUUCUUCCAAAACUAUCUAAAGCUUGUAGACAAUGAUGCUGUGCUAUUCUUCCAUUCUAAUGGAGCCAUGGAAUGGCUAGUCAUAAGAACAGAGGCAAUCCAGAAUAUGACCUUAUUCACAGCUGCUCUUCUUCUAAUUUUACUCCCAAAGGGCUAUGUACCUCCAGGACUCGUGGGGCUUUCGUUGUCUUAUGCACUUUCACUAACUGGCACUCAAGUCUUUAUGACACGAUGGUAUUGCAAUUUGGCGAAUUACAUAAUCUCAGUAGAACGCAUUAAACAGUUCAUGAACAUACCACCCGAGCCUCCUGCUGUUGUUGAGGACAAGAGGCCACCAUCUUCAUGGCCCUUUAGCGGCAGGAUAGAGCUUCAAGAGUUGAAGAUUAGAUACCGUCCAAAUGCUCCGCUAGUUCUCAAAGGAAUCAACUGCACAUUCAAGGAAGGAACAAGAGUAGGAGUUGUGGGGAGGACUGGAAGUGGAAAAACUACCCUGAUAAGUGCUUUGUUUCGGUUAGUAGAGCCUGAAAGUGGGAAAAUUCUUAUCGAUGGACUUGACAUAUGUUCUAUGGGUCUGAAGGAUCUAAGAAUGAAGCUCAGCAUCAUUCCUCAAGAGCCAACUCUUUUCAGGGGAAGCAUUCGAACUAACUUGGAUCCUUUAGGACUUCACUCUGAUCAGGAAAUAUGGGAGGCUUUGGAUAAGUGUCAGCUGAAGGCAACAAUCAGCAGCCUUCCUCAUCUGCUGGACUCGUCAGUGAGCGAUGAAGGCGAAAAUUGGAGCGCAGGGCAACGACAACUAUUUUGCCUGGGAAGAGUCCUUCUAAAAAGAAAUAGAAUUCUAGUUCUUGAUGAAGCUACUGCUUCCAUUGAUUCUGCUACUGAUGCCAUUCUACAAAGAAUUAUCAGGCGAGAAUUCUCAGAUUGCACAGUGAUCACAGUAGCUCAUAGAGUUCCAACUGUCAUAGAUAGUGACAUGGUUAUGGUUCUCUCUUACGGGAAAUUGCUGGAGUAUGGUGAACCGACAAAGCUACUGGAAACGAACUCCUCCUUCUCUAAACUUGUAGCUGAAUACUGGGCUAGUUGCAGGCAGCACUCUCACCGGAAUUUUGAAAAAUAAUCGGUCAUGAUUUCAUGAUGAGAAUCACAAGAGCUUUUCCUCUCCAGAAAAUCACGUACCUUUCGUGGUUUAAUAAAAUCCUUCUCGGAAAAAUUAAUAAAUAAUCAUAUGUCUGUUGUAAUAUUUUAUUUUGUCGUGAUAUCCUACUACUCUCCCCGUGCACAUGCAUGCUUCUCCAUUUUUGGAUUACAAAAAGAAUAUUUUUAUAAUUUCCAAUAUUUUAUAA